AUUUGUCCAGGGUUGAAGGAGAUAGAUAUUUGUGCCGGAAACCUUUAUUUAUUUUCCUGUUAUACUGAUCAAAUUAUUAGAUGCUCACUCCAGUUUGUUCCCAAAUUGGAAGAGUUGUCUCUCAGCUUUAAUGGUAAUGGUACGGUGCCUUGUGUGUUUGGUGAAGUUGCAAAGUCCUGUCCUCGGUUAAAAGAAUUACUUGUCCAAACUAAAACCGAUGAGCUACUAUACAUGCCUGCUAAGAUGAAUAUGUUCAGCAACCUUACGAUGUUAACCUUGUUGAUGACGUUCAAGGUUCAAGCUGAUUUGCAAACUGUUGCUCAUAUUAUUGAUGCCUGCCCACUUUUAGACCUACUUCAUCUCUUGGCAAGAUCCCCUCGUUACAUUGAACAGAGAGGAGGAACGUGGCCUUGUAGGCAUCACAGUCACCUUAAAGGAGUGGCAUUUGAUGGUUUUCGUGGAACGAGAUACGAGAUAGAAUUUGCUUCUUAUGUGCUGCAAACUGCUGCAGCACUUGAAAAAAUGUGUAUUUAUUCUAAAUAUGGAACUUUUAAUGAACAUUUUAGAUGGCAAGACCAUGUAGAUUAUGUGAUGAAGAAUGAGGGGCGCCGGUUGAUAUACAAACAACUAGUGGGGCAAGCCCUCUCUGGUAAAGUGGAGUUAAUCAUCGAGUGACCAGUAAAGGUUUUCAGUUGGUUCUUACAUGUGCCAUUUUUAUGUCGUGUGCUGUACUCUUCAGCUUCUUCUCUUAUUAAUGGUGGUGGUGGUCAGUGAAGAUGAUAAUAGACAUCCUCCGAAUUGCAGCUUAUAUGUAAAUCCAUACGAGUGCUGGCUGAUUCUCUA